AUGAAUAAUAACCCCUUGUCACCCGGGACUGGAGCCUUCGACCAGUCUGGCGUCCCUGAGCUUCAGGUCCGUCAAGGUGGCUCGCUCAACACCAGUCCUCCGCGUCGUCGAGGCAAUGUGGCCCAGCCUCCAGCUCUGGUGACGUCCUUGAGCGGCCUGCAGUUUCAAAGUCUGAAUGUCCCUGCCAGCAGCGGCGGGUAUCUGACGACUCCGACGACGAUGAAUUCUCCCUUCUUCUCCUCCGGCCCGCUCAGUGGGAUGACCUCGCCGCUGAGUGCGAGGCCUACGCCGUACAAUACUGCCUAUAAUCCUCAGGAAUGGGGUCCCAUAGCACCCGGAUCCUCGCCUGUUGGAAUCGGAGUGAUUACCCCAGGAAACAACGCGACGCACCGUCCUCUUGUGAAUCGCGCGGAUGCUGCCUCCCCGCCCCCGCCAUACUCUCCUCCGCGAUCGCAAAAUCCAGCAAGCUCCAACUCUCCUCAGUUGCGGAUGUCAUCUCCAAAUACAAGCGGGCUCUCACCACCGAUGGUGCAUCCGCGCGACUUGUCGCCGAUCGGGCGUGCACGACCGCCACCACCACCUCCACCUCCUCCACCUCCGCUAGCCCCUGUCAAUCAGUAUUCCACGCCGCGUCCGAGGCCUGCGUCUAUGAUCAGCAGUAGCGGUUUAGAUGCUCAGAAUCAACAGCCGGUCUUUAUGUCCCCAACCCAAAGUAGUGGCGCCCCCCACUCUUCCAUGCGCACUGAUAACUCCCCGUUGAAUACAUUUGCCGGCUCCUCAAGUCGGCAUGGCAUGCAGUCGACUGUGGUAUCGCCGGGGAGAGUGUCUCCAGAGGCGUAUCACGAUUUGCAGGACUUGCGAUCAAUACCUCCAGCCGCCAGGAGGGCUGCAUCCACUGGUGAUAUCAACCCCUCCACCAGAACGACAUUUAGCCCGGAUGGAUCGAUAACUUCAGGAGGAUGGGAGCCCGGCAUGCCAUUGCCUCCCCCACCUCCAGGUCCACCGCCGAGAGCAUCUCCGAGAGCUCGACAGUCUUCCCUCGAACCCCUGCCAAGUACAAGCGGUGUUGGCCGCAAUAGACCGCAGCCUCCAUCCACUGGAACUGCUUUGGGCUCUGUUCCGCCGACACCUGCAGUCCUCAUCUCAGACAUCAUUGGACGGCUCCGAGCCAACCGUGCCCAUUUCUCGUCAGCCUACCCAGCGGGCUUCCAGCAGACCCGCCAAUCCCAAGGAAUUAAGAGAGCGUCGCAUUGA